AUGAUCAGCUAUUUAGAAUGGCUACCUACUACGAUCAACAACCUGGGUUAUAACAAUAACAAUAAUGGUUUUUUAAUUUAUCCCUCGACAGCUUCAGCCAGACCUAGACAGUCAAUGUUUGUGAGAUGGAUGUCAAGAGUGCCAAAAAUUGACAAGUACUCUUUGGAGAAUUUGAGACACUUGGGUGAUCUACUUGAACAAUAUAUAAUUGACACUUAUGAUGAUGAAAAAAUUGUCGAGACUAUCAAAGAAAUAACCCAGAUUUUAAUUUGGGGGGAUCAACAUAAGCCGGCAAUAUUAGAGUAUGUAAAAUUGAAUCGAGGAUAUUUCUUUGAGCAAGAUAUGCACUACGAUUUCUUGCGAAUUUUAGAAAUGACAAAAAGUCCACUUGUUACAAAGCAAUUACUACAAACAAUGAACAUUUUGUUUGAGAAUAUUCACGAUUUAACUUCAUUAUGUGAAUAUUCUGAGGCCAUCAAGUUCUUUAAUUCAGAAGAAAGUAUGAUACGUGUAGCUGUUCGGACGGUGACACUAAAUAUUUUCGCAGUAAAUGACAUGACCACACAAGAAUUCAUUUUGGACAGAAAAGUGGCACCAUAUUUUUCAAAUCUGGUCUAUUUCAUAGCAAAUCACGCGUCUACGAUGAAUGAACUAAGUAAGGAACCAUAUCAGAAUCAUCACCAUUCAAAAAUUGAUUAUUAUAUAGCCGAACAUAGCGAUAUUUUCUAUUAUAUAAACGAUAUCAUCAAUUUGAACAUUGAAAAAAUCAACGAGGUUUUAACGCAUCAUUUAGUAGAAUUAUUGCUGAAACCUUUUUAUGCAGAUAGCUUAGUGAGAGAAGAGCUGCUGCCGCCAUCGAAACAACAGGUUAUCCGGAUUAGCCCAGUUAUCGCACUCGCACUCUUAUGUCACGUAUUACAUAUAUUCCGUUACCAACCGUUAGUCACAUCUAUGGUGGCAAUGCUCUUUUCCGAUACUUCACAUGAAUUAAAUUACGCCACCCCACCAUCAUCACUUCCUUCUUCUGAACACACAUCAUCAAUGACAUCAGGAUCGAGAAAUCUAUAUCGAGAAGCAAUAUUAGACUUCUUAACACCGGAUGAAGAGUCGGAUGAUAGUGAAUUCUGUGAUUUGGCUACAUUACCUGCUCUAUGUUUAAUAUACAUGUCAUGUCGAAAUCAUGCCAUAGCACCAGAAGUAUUAAUUAACACAGCAGUUUAUCCUCAAAAAUUACUAAUGGAAACACUGACAUCAAGUUCCGGAGGUUUAUUAAACGACCUUUCGUUUUCAAUAGAUACUGUUUCGAUGGCUUCAUCUGUCAUCUCCUCAUUACAAGAAAAAACAUUUUUUUCAGAGACAGGCGAGAGAACCGAAAAGUCAGACGCGUUAUUUGCCGCUGCUUUAAAACAAUCAGCAAAAAAUGAAAAUAAUCAUCAUCAUGAUCAUAAACCACGUUACAAUAAUAUGGUAAUUCCCGAGAUAAGAAUCUUUUUUGCUGAUGAUGAUUAUUAUGACGAUGUUAAGAAUAAGAAUGAAAAUAACCAUAAUCAUAUUGAGACACUAGCGUCACCGAGGGUGAAUUAUCGACGCGAGCUAAUUUCAAAGCUUGUUUUAAUUUUGUGCGAACAUUACAAUCGAUGUCGUCCUAUAACACUUCAAAUGGCGACCGAACUAUUAUUAGAGCUAAUUUACUAUGAUGGUUCGGGAGAAAGUUUAUCAGACGAGCAGACAAGGAUGAUGGCGCAAACAGAAUGCAACUUACAAGAGGAUAUGAAAUAUUAUUUCGUGGAAUAUCCCAAUUUCCCGUUAGAAUUAGUUGAAAGCGCAUUGAUGGAAUCAAAAUUCAAUGGCGAUAAACUUGUUGGUAAUAUAAUAAUGGAUGCCAAAAUAUUGUUUCCACCACUCCCUCCCGUACCACCACCACCGAUAUCAAUAACACCUUCGCGAACACCCCCAGUUCAAUUGAAAAAAGAUUAUCGUGAAGAUGAGGAUAUAUUGCAAACGCUCAAAACACUACAUCUUAUUCGGCAAUGUCGGAAACUAUUAUCACGACAAGGAAGAUCAGCAUCCGACAGAGAGUUUGACACAGAGUUUGACACAGAAUUUGACAUAGAGUUUGACAAAGAGGAUCGCCAAGAUCCGGAUUCAAAUGAUGUCCAGGAUAAUGACGAGGAGGAAGACCUAAUGUUUCAAGACGAUGAGACGCAACAAGAAAGGUUACAAAAUGCCAAAGAGUUGUCAUCGUCGGCUACUGUAAAUGCUGACGAUGCCGAAGAAGCAAAAAUUCUACAACGAAAGAAAGAAGUGUUGGAUAUUUUGGGAAUACAACAUUUAUUUUUGUAG